AUGCGCUAAACCCAAGCAUAACACUUAUACCAUACCACCUUCCUCUAAUUUCCUCUCUCUCUGUGUACAAAUUUUGAAUCUGUUAUCUGGUUUGUUUGAUCGAAUUGUGGCAUGGGAUUGAGCAGCAAACAGGUUUCGGGCGAUCAAACUCUGGAUUGGGGCCAAACGUUCCUACAGUCUGCGGCGGCGGAGACGUCGAAACCGCCGCCUCAAGCGGAGGCGUUGAAGUGCCCGAGGUGCGCUUCCACCAACACCAAAUUCUGCUACUACAACAACUACAACAAAUCUCAGCCUCGCCAUUUCUGCAAAUCCUGCAAGCGCCACUGGACCAAAGGCGGCACCCUCCGCAACAUCCUCGUCGGCGCCGCCCGCAAAAACAAACGCCCUAGGGUUUCCAAACCCGCCAAAUCCCCGCCCGCCGCCGCCGUCUCGACCGGGCAGAAAAACAUGUCAAACAUUCUCUACCACGCAUUGAUCGGCCGCUCGUCCUCGUCGUCGCCGCCGCUGCUGCAUGAAACGACGUCGUCGAAUUCGAAAGGUAUCGACAAAAUUCCUCCCCCUUUCAGCAGCGCUCAGAUUAUUCCAACCUCCGAAUUUCAAUUCUCGAGCUUAAGCAGCUUCGACACGAAUAAUGCAUUUGAUCAUCACUUCGCCGGAAAUCUCGAGUCGAUGGAGGAGUCGACAAUCAUCAGCGUGAAUGCUCAGGGAGGGGCGUGGGAGAUGGAUUUGCCGAAUUAUUGGAGCUGGAACGACAUCGAUGCGUUGACUUCGGCUGAUCUGAGUUUGUCGUGGGAUGAUGAUGAAGAAGACAAGCCAUUCAUCAAACCCUAAAAUUCUGAUUUGGGGAUUAAUUUGAAUGUUAUGGUGGUUUGAUCCAUUUUAGAUGUGGAGGAUUAAUACCUUAAUUUUAAGAGAUGGUGUGAAUUCCGUUUGUGUAGUUUUGUAAGUAUCAUAUCAUAUAGUUUGUAGAAGCUGUCCUUUUUAGUAUCAGCUUCGGAGGUACGUACAACACUUAUUUAAUGUGUUUGUUUGUUAUACUAUUUCACUUUCGAAGAAGAAUGAAUUUCAUGUCAAAUGUUGGAGAGAGGGAGAGAAGCAGAUGGGACCUGGCCUGCUACAGCGAGGUGGGUGACUAGAUAUGUGAUGGAAGAUUCUUGUGUUGUGGAUAUGUAUCUUUGUGUACAUAUAUGUUCGCCAUUUCAGUCUGGAUUUUGUUCUGCCUUGUUGCUACUACCAUUUAUUCAUGUUCCUGGGGCCCUUCUGACUCCUCAAUUAUUCACUAUUUCAGUCCA